GGUCGUUCUGCGAGUGUCCCUCGUCGUAAAAUACCAUGGAGAUAUCCCAGCCCAGCAUCGGCAUUUUCUACGUCAGCAAAGUGCUGGCCCUGGCUCCAUAUGCUACGGUCCGGAACUCCAAGGGCCAAGUGGAAAUCGGUCGCAGCUGGCUCUUCACGGUAUACUCGGCCACGUUAACGGUGGUUAUGGUUUUUCUCACCUAUCGGGGACUCUUGUUUGAUGCCAACUCCGAAAUACCAGUGCGUGCAUCUUUUAGAAUGAAGUCGGCAACGUCGAAGGUGGUGACGGCCCUGGACGUUUCUGUGGUUGUCAUGGCUAUUGUAUCUGGUGUUUACUGUGGUCUUUUUAGCCUUAACGACACUCUCGAGCUCAACGAUCGACUAAACAAGAUCGAUAGUACUUUAAAUGCCUACAACAACUUUCGAAGAGAUCGAUGGCGAGCCUUGGGAAUGGCUGCCGUCUCCUUGGUUGCCAUUUCCCUACUGGUCGGCCUUGAUGUUGGGACGUGGAUGCGUAUUGCCCAGGAUAUGAACAUUGCUCAGUCGGAUACGGAGCUCAAUGUGCACUGGUACAUUCCAUUUUACAGUCUUUACUUCAUACUCACGGGCUUGCAAGUUAAUUUUGCCAACACAGCUUACGGACUUGGCAGGCGCUUUGGACGCCUGAAUCGAAUGCUUUCGAGCAGCUUUCUUGCUGAGAACAACGCAACCAGUGCCAUUAAACCCCAAAAGGUCAGUACCGUCAAAAACAUAAGCUUAAAUCGCCCUUCAAUGCCAUCGGCACUCCAUGCGAGCCUGACGAAGCUGAACGGCGAAACCCUGGCCAGCGAAUCCGCAGGUGACAAGGAAGCCGCCCGCAGUCUAAUCCUCAACGUGGAGUUACUCAAAUUGGGAUAUUUUCCAGCCAAAAACAAGGGGUUGCUCCUGAAAUCUCUGGCGGACAGUCACGAGUCGCUAGGAAAGUGUGUCCAUCUCUUGUCCAACUCUUUCGGCAUUGCGGUUCUCUUCAUCCUGGUGUCCUGUCUACUGCAUCUUGUAGCUACGGCCUAUUUCCUCUUUCUGGAACUGCUCAGCAAGCGAGAUAACGGGUACCUGUGGGUGCAGAUGCUCUGGAUUUGCUUUCAUUUCCUGCGAUUGCUCAUGGUGGUGGAGCCGUGCCACUUGGCUGCCCGAGAGUCCCGCAAAACGAUCCAGAUUGUUUGUGAGAUCGAGCGGAAAGUGCACGAGCCUAUCCUUGCGGAGGCGGUUAAGAAGUUUUGGCAGCAGUUACUCGUGGUAGAUGCUGACUUUUCCGCCUGUGGAUUGUGUCGCGUGAACCGCACCAUUCUAACAUCAUUUGCAUCGGCCAUAGCCACCUAUCUCGUAAUUCUCAUUCAGUUUCAACGGACCAAUGGCUAAGGUUUUUAGAUAUACAAAAAGUG